CUCCAUCAAUGGCUGGUUGUGCCAGGGUGUGUGUGUGUGGUGUGUUGGGGGGGUGACCCCCCACCUUGCAGGAGGUGGGCACUUCCCCGUCUCCAUGAAUGGCUGGUUGUGCCAGGGGGUGUUUUUGUGUGUUGGGGGGUUACCCCCCACCUUGCAGGAGGUGGGCACUUCCCCAUCUCCACGAAUGGCUGGUUGUGCCAGGGUGUGUGUGUGUGUUGGGGGGGAUGAUCUCCCAACCCCUGUAUCUUGGUGGCAUUGGGGGCGGCCUGCGUGGAAGACCCUGCCCACCCCGCUGUUAGGAGUGGCGGGAUCCCAGCUGCCCCGGGGGGUGCUGUUGGUAGCAGGGGUUCAUGGGUGGAGGGGAAACACUGGCAGGCCCAUUGUAGUCCUGAGAGUGACACCUCUGGGGGACCCCUGUGGUACCUUGGUGACCGUCACUGCGCCACGGUCGCUAAUCGCUUAAAGAAAACAUCCUGUUUUCUAACAGCAUCUGAGCCUCACCAGCCUUGAUCCAAGGCUAGUAACAAGGGGGUAAUGUUUCCACAGUAGAGGCAGCACUUGUAUACAGAUAGCAUAUGAGGCUAAUGGAGCUGUAUUUCCAGGUUAAGAACAGGGACUGUUAUACAGAAGCUCAGAGAGUUAAUGAUCAUCUAGUGUGCUUACUGGACCUACACGUCAAGAAAGCUUAAGCCAUUUAGAAAGAGACCAUCCAGCCCACUACAUGGGCUCUUGUUUUAUCUUUUAAUCUCACUGUACUCUUCCUUCAAACAGAAGAACUGUUUUGUCAGUGGGCUAUGGAGAUAGGUACCCACAAGCAAAAUGAGUGAUAUGGGAUUUGGAUUGGAGACUUGGUAUUCUUUUACCUGGGAAGAAGUGGUACAGUGGAUAAACUGUGUGAUCACAUUCUCUCCACCUUAGCAGAAAAUGUAACCUUUAAAGCACGCACAGUGAUCUAUGAAUAGGCUUUCAACAGGCAAGUGGUGCCUUGGAGGUCUUCCAGGACACAAUGGAUUUGGCAUAUGUCUGUGAGUGGGAAAAAAGGCCCAAAAGCAACCACUGUCCUUCCAUCCCACUGGUGUGUGCUUGGUCCUGCAGAAACCUGAUUGCCUUCACAACAGACCUCAAAAAUGAGGAGGAAAAAGAUCUUACCCACAUGAUCCAUAUCCUGGACACUGAGCAUCCAUGGGAUGUUUAUUCCAUUAACUCUGGGCACAUUGAAAUCAUCACCUGUUUGGAGUGGGAUCAGUCAGGUUCCAGGCUUCUGUCAGCAGAUGCAGAUGGACACAUCAAGUGCUGGGGCAUGACAGAUCACCUGGCCAACAGCUGGGAGAACACCGUGGGUAGCAUGGUGGAGGGAGAUCCAAUCGUGGCUCUUUCCUGGUUGCAUAAUGGUGUGAAGCUAGCCCUGCACGUGGAAAAGUCCGGAGCAUCAAACUUCGGCGAGAAGUUUUCCCGGGUCAAGUUCUCUCCCUCCCUGACUCUGUUUGGUGGGAAGCCCAUGGAAGGCUGGAUCGCUGUGACCAUCAGUGGCCUGGUGACAGUCUCUCUCCUCAAGCCCAAUGGGCAAGUGCUGACGUCCACGGAGAGCCUGUGCCGUCUGCGCUGCCGUGUCGCCCUGGCGGACAUUGCCUUCACGGGUGGGGGAAACAUUGUGGUAGCCACCUCGGAUGGCAGCAGCACCUCUCCCAUCCAGUUUUACAAAGUCUGCGUCAGCGUAGUGAACGAGAAAUGCAAAAUUGACACAGAGAUUCUGCCCUCCCUUUUCAUGCGGUGCACCACAGACCCAGCCCGCAAGGACAAGUAUCCAGCCAUCACUCACCUGAAAUUCCUCGCCAGGGACAUGUCUGAGCAGGUGCUGCUGUGUGCCUCCAACCAGAACAGCAGCAUAGUGGAGUGCUGGUCUCUCCGGAAAGAGGGCUUGCCAGUCAAUAACAUCUUCCAACAGAUCUCUCCUGUGGUUGGAGACAAGCAGCCGAUGAUACUGAAAUGGCGGAUUCUCUCCGCCACUAAUGAUUUGGACCGUGUUUCAGCUGUGGCUUUGCCGAAACUGCCAAUCUCCCUAACCAAUACUGAUCUGAAAGUGGCCAAUGACACCAAAUUCUUCCCUGGACUGGGUCUUGCUUUGGCCUUCCACGACGGUAGCGUCCACAUAGUUCAUCGCCUGUCCUUGCAGACCAUGGCAGUGUUCUAUGGUUCUUCCUCUCAGCGCCCAGUGGAUGAGCAGGCAAUCAAAAGGCAGCGGGCAGCUGGUCCUUUGGUUCACUUCAAAGCCAUGCAGCUCUCCUGGACUUCGCUGGCCCUGGUCGGGAUUGAUAACCAUGGCAAGCUGAGCAUGCUCCGGAUCUCUCCCUCCAUGGGUCAUGUGCUGGACAUGAACAUGUCUCUCCGCCACCUGCUCUUCCUCCUGGAAUACUGCAUGGUAACAGGGUACGACUGGUGGGAUAUCCUGCUCCAUGUUCAGCCCAACAUGGUGCAGAACCUGGUGGAGAAGCUGCAUGAGGAGUAUAUGCGCCAGAAUGCAGCCCUGCAGCAGGUUCUCUCCACCCGCAUCGUUGCCAUGAAGGCCUCUCUCUGCAAGCUUUCCUCCAACACGGUGGCACGUGUGUGUGACUAUCAUGCCAAGCUAUUUCUGAUCGCCAUCAGCUGCACCUUGAAAUCGCUGCUCCGCCCGCACUUCCUGAACACUCCAGACAAGAGCCCUGGUGACCGGCUCACCGAGAUCUGCUCCAAGAUUACGGACAUAGACAUUGACAAAGUGAUGAUUAACCUGAAGACAGAGGAGUUUGUCCUGGAGAUGACUACCCUGCAGUCCCUGCAGCAGCUCAUCCAGUGGGUGGGAGACUUUGUGCUCUAUCUACUUGCUAGCCUCCCUAACCAGGGAUCCCCUGUGCGGCCAGGGCACAGCUUCCUGCGAGAUGGGGCAUCACUGGGGAUGCUAAGAGAGCUCAUGGUGGUGAUCCGGAUCUGGGGCCUGUUGAAGCCAAGCUGCCUCCCUGUUUACACGGCAACUUCAGAUACCCAGGACAGCAUGUCCCUACUCUUCAGGCUGUUGACUAAACUCUGGCUGUGCUGUCGUGAUGAACCUCACCCGAGCGAGCCAGACGAUACCCUGAUUGACGAGUGCUGUCUUCUCCCCAGCCAGUUGCUUAUUCCCAGUGUAGACUGGUUACCCAUCAAUAAUGGCAUUAUCAGCAAGCUGCAGAACAAGCAGCUCAUCAGGCUGCAGUUCGGGAAGGCCCCUGGACUCGUUGGUCACACUGUUUCAUCGCAGUUUGAUGUCUUUGUCAGGGCACCUGGGCAGCCAAAAAUUGACCACUUGAGACGGCUUCACUUAGGGGCGUAUCCAACAGAGGAGUGCAAGUCAUGUACCCGCUCCAGACGAUGUCUGUGGCCCCGUUCGUGCAGUUGGCUGAGCUCCCGUUGCAUGCCCAGAAGGCUCUACUUAGGUGUAUCCCUUUGCAGGAUCUUGGGGGGCUGCGUGACUGAGGGACUAUGAAAUCAGGCACCGAGGCUGGCUGUUCUCACUUCUCUUUGAAGCAGCUGUCUGCAGCGCGUUUGAUUGGAUGCAGAUCUCCGGACAGGCAACGAGCUGCUGGGGCCAACAUCCUCAGGUGGUGUCAAUCACUGUAAACAUACGUCAAUGGAGCAAUGCCGAGAGACACCCGCUCGGAAUCGAGCCCAUUGAUUUCAGUGGUGCUCGGGCAGAGUGAUACCAGCUGGAAAUCUGGUUAAUUGAUUUCAGUGGAGCAACGCCAGUUUACACCAUCUGGGGAUCUAGGCUGGGAAGUUUGUUAUGUAGGCUUCUCACUUCUUAGUCACGCCCCUGUCGUUCUCUGAGACGUCAUGUUCUGUUUGCCAGUGACCUACGGUGCUGGGUCUAGAUGAUCUCCUGAGACCCAAAGAUUAGUGGGUCACAUUCAGUGUGGGGUGUAAGUGGAUGCAACUCUAUUGCCGUCAUGGAAAUGGCCUUAUUCAAGACAGAAGGUCAGGGGCGGGGGUGCAGGGGCAAAUCAUUGGGGUAUGUCUACACUGCAGCCUCCUAGCACGUGUAGACGGACUCACGCUUGCUUAAGUGAAGCUAGCAUGCUAAAAAUAGCAGUGUGGCCAUGGCAGCCCAAGUCCAAGCCCACUGGACCCCACUAGUUCUGAUCUUGGGUGGCUGCUGGAGCCACAGUAUCCACACAGCUAGUUUUAGUGAGCUGACUUGAACCAGAGGUGCUGCUAUCCCACUGCUACUCAUAAUUGUGCAUCUGGAAAUUUGGGCAGGGAGGGGGAUUCAGGAGCCUCCUGAGGCUUAUUUAUGGCCUAGGUGGACAGAACCCGUCGCUAGUCAAUAUUGCUUUCACAGAGAGUCCCGCGCUUUUGGAGACGAUCCUCCUGGCCUGAGAGAUCCCACCUCAAAGCCAGUGGUCAGGCAUGGACACUCCGGGGCCUUUCCCAUGUUGCUUUGGCCGACUCUUUUAGGGCAUGGUUUGAUUCCUUUUAUGAAGUUGUUUGGGACUCGUUUCUGACAUGUUCCAGCCUGCUCAAUUGCAUUUAAAGAGCCUCUGCUUAAUAUUUGGGCACUUCUUCUCCCUUAAGGAGAGACCCCCCCCCUGCAAACUCCAGUGACCCUGCUCCCACCCCAGAGCUAGACCAGCUCCUUUUGGAGACUGUGAAUGCUACUGCGGACUCGCUGGAAGUGGGGCACUAGAGACCAGCUCCAUCCCCACUGUACUCUAACUAGAAACUGGUGAUGACUCAAACGAUGGUGGAAAUGGUUUGGCCUCAGGCAGGCUGGCCUAGCGGUUGGAUGGACUGUAAGCCAGGACAUCUAAGAUCUAUUUCUGGGUCUCUCCACUACGUGACCCUGGGCAAGGCACUUUGCUGGCCUGAGCCUCAGUUUUCCCCUUCUGUGAAAAGGGAAGGGAUAGCUUAUGCACCAUGUAAUCUACACGUCAAAGAUCGUGUCUUCUGUUGUACUGGGGUCUCAAUAUCGGCUGCUCAGAGGGCUGACUGGGCCCCAGGGCUCCAGCUAUCAGUGUUUGGGCUGCAGCUUAGAAUCCGCAUUGCCAUGCUGUCUCUGAGGUGUCGGGUGGAGUGUGCAUUGGCAAGAAAGUGGGGUGACUGGGCCCUAACUCAAAUCCCUUUGAAGUCAAUCGGAGUCUUUCCACCAACUCAGCCUCCUGCAAGCUCACAAUGAGGAACCAGCAGCCAGGGUUUAAUCCAUUGGUGUUGCGGUGAUAUAACUGAACGUCUGGUGGAGGAUGAUCCCCUGCACAUUUCUGUCAGGCUAUAAUUGCUCGCUUAUUGUGGCUCUUAUGCAAAUCUGAGUUAAUCUGCUCAGGGUUUGUUGUUCUCACCCUCCCAAAGUCAUUCAGCGUCUCUAAAUUGUCUUGUAAGGAGCCAGAUGAUGUUUCUCAGUUUGCAUUUCUUGCCGGAGAUGCAGCUAGGAUGUUCCUGGGAUCAGAGCUGUUUCUCGUGCAAACCAUCAAUGGCAGGAAGAUGAUAAUAUCGCGCUCUAAUACAGCGAUUGUCAUCCAUAGCUUGCAAAGGGAUGUGGCCAAGGUCACCUAGUGCUGGAACUGCAAAUACAACUGAGGGGUUCUCCUGGCUUGUGACCUGGCCUCUUGACCACUCUCUCUCUCUCUCUCUCUCUCCUACUCUGGGCAAGAGAAGAAAGUCCACAGAUAUCAUCUUGAUUCAGACCCAUGGUGGUCAAGAGUGUCCCCAUAGGGUAGGAAUUCCAUUCCUUUUCUGUUCCGUUCUGCCCCACCCCUCUACCACCCUCUCCAAUGUCACUCCUCUGCAUCAAUAAUUCGUAUUGCAACAAUGCCCAGAGAUGCCUGGCUGAGGUGGCCUCCCAUUACACGGGUGCUGUCCAUACACAUAGUAAGACAUCGGGGGCAGUGGAGUGGGAUUCAAGAGAUGUGGGUCCACUUUCCAGCAGUGUCACCCUGGGCAAGUCAUUUCAGCUCUCUGCGCCUCAGUUUCUUCUCUGUAAAAUGGGGAUAAUAAUCUUUUUGUCCGGCCUCUCUAGUUAGGUUGUCAGCUCUUUGGGGCAGGGACCACCUCUCACUAUGUCUCUGUGGAGUGCUUGGUACAACACGCCCGGAUCACAGUUGAGGUUUGUAGAUGCCACUGUGAUAGCCAACAGAGCAAUUCUUAUGUCAGAGCAGUGAUCCAUCUGGGCCAGUAGCCAUCGCUGGCAAUGGCUAGCUGCUUCAGAGGAAGGCUAGAGAAACCAGGUAAUAGGCAGUUAUGGACGCCCUUCAGUGGAGACAAAGUGGUUGAGUGUGUAGGGUGUUGGCCAGAGAAUCAGGUGAUGUGUGCCCUUAUGUUGGGCAGGUCUCUGUGCCUCUGUUUCCCCACCUAGCCCUUCUCUGUUUGGAUUGUAAGCUCGUCUGGACAGGGACUGUCUAUAUGUACAGUACCUAGCACAAUGGGAUCUGCCUGUGCUCCUGUAAUACCAAUGAUCAGUUAUCGCACCUUGCCUUCUGUGUGCUAAGCAUUUGUCCCCUUUAGAUGAAAGAUAUCAUGAGCAAUUUAAAAUGGGGGCAGGGGGGAGUUAUCUGAGGUUUAGUAUCUUUGAGUUAAUCAGAAGUCGUCUUUCUGUCCAGGAAUCUGCCGCUCCAAAAUGGUUGUUAAUAGACUCAGGGCGGGAGUGCUGCGAUACCGAGAUUAUCCCUCACUUCCUUCCCACGGCCAGUUAAGCUGCGAGACUAUACUGGUUAUUUCCCUUAUCAGCAAUUUGCAGAUUCUGCUGAAAAAAAAGAACGAAAACAACAAAUGUCUCAGCUUUCUAUCUUAUCGCUGAGCUGCCUUGCAAGGUGCCAAGACGCAAAACGUUUCACUCUCAUUGCUGCACCAUCGCCUGCCCCACGUACAAAUGUCGGAGAAGAAACUAUGACAGAUUAUUAGCCCCUGGAAGGGGAUCUUUCAAUGUGCUCUGCUGGUGGGAGGGCCACCAUUCAGGCUGGCCUGGUGGUGAAGGUUCUGGGUUCCAUUUCUGGCUUUGCCACUGGUUUCUGUAUGACUAUUGUCAAGUCACUUAAUCUUGCUGUGCUUCAGUUCCCUGCCUGUGAAAUGAAGAUAGCAACACAUCUUUUGAGACUGCAAACUCUGUGGGGCAGGAACUGUCUCUCCCUAUGUGUCUGUGCAGCACCUCGGACAAUGGAAUGCUGAUCUGGGCUGAGGCCUCUGAGUGUUCCUGUCAUACACGUUAAUAAGAAUUCCUUGCAGACGCUCCUAACUGAAGGUGACUUUUCUGGGUAAUAUACUUUACUCACUUCUGAUUAGUCACCAGCAGGAGCUCUACUGCAUAUACGCAGCCUUUUCCUCUGAUCUUUAAACUACUCCUUGUCUGGUCUGAGCCCAGUGGAAAGCAGAGAUGCGAGGUCUUGGUCCGUGCCCAUCGAAAAGAGAGCUGGAUCUUGGCCUUAAAUGUGAACUAUGCAUCCCAGUGCAUGGCGGGUAAGCCUGAUCUCUUUUGCUGGCAUCCAGAGGCCUGGGGCAUGGAUGAUUUAAUUUGCUAAGUGCCUCUGAAUUAUGUACCUGGUCCUUCCAGGCGGGAGAUCUGUGCUGAGUGAGGCACGCUGACUCCAAACUUCUGUUCUGAGCUCUGUAGCUUUGCAUCAGAUAAAUACGUGGUGAUGAUCAAUCUAAGUAUCUGAGCAGAGUGAUGCCUUGACAGCAUUUCCUAAGCAGAUCUUUCAUUGAUUGAGCUGGUUUCUUGUAAAGUAGCUGCUGACAGAAAAGAAGCUCUCGCAGCCUAUGCACUUUUGAGCUGACAUAGACAUUUCUUGCAUUAAGAUGGAAGACAAAUUAUAACCCCUCUAAUGAGAUUCAGGGAUGGAUGUGGACCACGGACACCUGAAACUGACUUGCCCACAUAUGACCUGAGCUGCAGAUGGGAGGAGGUUACAUGAUGGAUCCUAAAAUGGCACUUUAUUGCUUUGAGCUCCCGUCCUACCACUUUGAAUAUUCUGAAUUAAGUAAUCUAGGUGGGCAGAUUAAUGAUGCUCCCCCUCUACAGCUGUAAUGGCCUGAAUUGAAUUUGCCCCAGACAUUGGGAUUAACCCCCCUGUCCUCAUGAAUCCAUGGGAUCUUUAAGGAACACAAGUGGAAUCAGGGGCUCAGUUUUGCACCUCCAUCAGCACAGCGCCCUCUACAGCACUGGGGCAGAUACAAGAACACCAACCUUUGCCACUGCUCAUCCCUUGAGGACUUCCAGUCCAAUAUAGACCUGACUCAACUCUGCUUAGCUCUGGGCUGGGCUGAUUGAGGGGGGAAGAGGGGGCAGUUGUACCAGGGCCCUAGGCAUCUGUAAUUGGGGUGAAAUGGAAGGGGACCCCAGUGAACAUGGUACAUUAAGGCAGUGGUUCCCAAACUGGGGUUUGUGACCCACUGGGGGUUUGCAAAAUGUUACAGGGGGUUCUUGGGAAAAAAUUCCCUGGUGGCGGACAGAGCUGUCCCUAGGGACCCCGGGCAGCCCGGGGCCAGCAGCCCGGAGCCCCUGGACUUCCAAGAGCUAAGCAGAUCAAAGCAAGCAUCUAUCACAGUGAGGAGAUUUCAACUUCAAGACUCCUUAUAAGAAAUGGAAAGGGAGGUGGAUAUUUUUGGCUGUUUUUGAAAUGAAAUAGGCAGCUAGUCUAGUUUUUAAAAUUAUGAUGAUGAACAAGUUUAAGCUUUGUUGUUACGUGCUUUGUUUGCCUGGACUGCUCAGGACCUGAAUGCUUGUGUAGGAGGAACUCUUUGAAUUGGCUCCUUAAAUCCCUUCCUGCUGUUUCACAUCUGAUACUCCUUGAUGAAACAUAGGAGCCUUGUCUUAGAACAGGCUUAUUCAAAGUGAGAUCUAGGAAGGGUGGUGCCGUUUUCAUAAUGUAAUAAAAAUACUGUAAUGAUAAAUAAUUAAUAAUAAAUAGUGUGUGAUAAGCAUGUCAUAAAAACAAAUGUUAUAUUGCCAAGA